UUUGUCUAUCAAAAGUGAACGACCUCUCAACAACAGCCAUCUACUUCAGUGACAUCAAUAUAAUAUGGCGUGGCCUCUUCUUGCCCCGUUGGUAGUUGCCGCUGCUCCGAAGAUCUACGAGGAGGUUAUCGGGCGCCCUCAGAAGAGAGAGCGUCAAGCCCGGGAGAGGCUGAGGGAGGAGCAGAAAAGGGCACAGCAGAGCGAACAAAGACUAGCAAAACUACUAAAUGACCUGGGUUAUGAUGAAGACGAGCCGGCAAUUACGGAAGACGUUAUAAAAAACGCACGGAAAACAGUGGGUUACGAUCCGAAGAAAAAAAAUAUCGUUUUCGCCGGCAAUGUUAGUGUCGGCAAAUCGUCACUCAUAAACGGCCUUUGCAAUAAGGGCGGAGACGAUGACGGCGCUGCUCGCGUGGGCUCUAAUCAAGUAACGAGGAACCUGGCUCGUUACGAGAUUCCUAAUCAUCCAGAAGUGGUCCUCUAUGACAUUCCCGGAGCGGGAACUCAAGACGUGAGAGCCUUCCGAUACUAUCACGAUCAAAUGCUAUACGCUUUUGAUACUGUUGUCGUUGUCCACGAUACAACCCUGACUGAGGCCGACAUUCGGUUGCUCCAAAUGUGCAUCCAUUCGGGUAAAAAUUGCUUGGCUGUCCGAACCAAAUCCGAUAAUCAUAUAAGAAACUAUGCAUACGAUAAAGACUGUGAACUGGAGGAAGCAAGGGAGAUAUUCCUUAGAGAGACCCGCCACGACAUCCAGAGCUGCCACAAGGAAAUCACUGCCCCUUGGCCGGAAAAAGAAAUUAGAAUUUGGGAUUACAUUAUAAAUUCCCGAUCGGUACGGACCUUCAUGAAAGGUAAACCAUCACCCAAGGAGGCGGAUACUGCCUACAUCGAUGAGUUCGAUUUUAUAUUCGACUUGUCUCCUGGUCUUGUGAUAAAUCCGAACGACUGAGUGAAUAUCACAGGCAACGAAUAGAAGUAUAUAUCUUGUUCUCACU